GUUCGGAGGUAGUACGAGCGACACUUGUUUACUUGACUCACGUUCGGUUCAACUUCCAUUCGGUUUCUGUUCUCUUUUCUCCGUCCAACAAUGGGUCCUGGGAGGUGGUUCAUCGUCGCGGGGGUCUUGGCGCUACAGAUGAUCACCCUGACGCAAGGUAUCAAAUGCUGGUUUUGCAACAGUAUGCUUGACCCCUUCUGCAGCGACCCCUUCGACAACUCGACAGCCAACCCCAAAGAUUGUAAAUUGGAAGAUGACCUCCCUCACUUGCGUGGGGUGCCAGCAACAAUGUGCCGCAAAAUUCGAAUGAAAGUCAAUGGUCAUUGGCGCUACAAGAGAGACUGUGCACGUCUAGGAGAGCCUGGAGUGGGAGGCGAUGCUCGCUAUUGCAUCUACCGCACAGGGACCUUCAACAUCCACAUGGAAUACUGCACAUGCAAUGACAAGGAUGGUUGCAACCCUGCUCCUUACACCACACCAAAUAUUCCUCUCGUGUCAGUCGCAUCCAUAGGUGUGGUAACGGCCAUAGGGAGAUUAAUCGUAGGGUAAUGUCAUCGCCUGAGAUGGUUGGGUUUUUUAAUUGACUGUCCUGUUUGAGGAUUUGAGAGAACUUGGACUUUUUAAUGAUGAUGAUGAUGAUGGUUAAGUUUGAGAAAGUUUGUAGGUUUUUUCUUGAAGCUUUAACAGUGCUGUAUUUGCAAUAUCUUUUUUUAUAUAAGUAACAGAACUCCGUGAGUGAUAAUGGCUCUUUUAUGAAUGUAUGAUUUCUUUUUUAGAUUUUUUCCUCGAAGUUGCAUUGAUUUGGAUACAAUAACUAUUUCAAUGCUACUUUACUGUACAAUACGGUAUUCAAGCUUUCUCUCGGUGUCAGUGCGUACAUCAUUACUUUGAUAUAUAGAUGCUGAUGGUUAUCUUCUUAACUUGCCAAUGUGGAAGAUGAGUCGGUUCAAAAUCUCUCCGUCCAUUACUUCUUUUGCAAAUAGAAAAGAGAAAAAAAUAGUGUCACAUUUACUUCCCAUCUGUAAGGGAAACCUGUGCCAAUAUCUUUUGCAAUAUAGCUUGCUCAUCCUCGUGAAUGUAAAUGUAUGAAUAAGUGUGAAUAAUUUCACAGCACAAGAGAUUAUUUUAUGGAUUUUGGGUAAAUCAUUAUAGAUACACAUCUCUGAUGAAGAUUCAGUUUAAAUUCAUCAUGUACAUCUUUUCUACUGUAAAGUUAUUUGUUCCCAUUCAUACCUUUCUUUUACAAUUGUUACAAAAACACAAAUGUGGUUGAUAUUGUCGUUUGCUUUAUUUUACUUUUGAUUAGAAAAUGGAAGAGAGAUGCGUGUAGUUUAUUGUAUGUUCUAUAUGCCGGUAACAGAAAAGAAGUUAUGUAAGGGAUAGGGUUGGGAAGUAUAUGUUAUUGCAGUAAUGAGAAAAUGCAAAGAGGGACUUAACUCUGAGUCCUGUUAU